CUGCUAGGCUCAAUUUAAGUAGAGUGGAGCCGUGCUGACCAGACCAGAGGAAUAGUAGCUCUGCUCUGCUUGAAUAGAAUCUUCCAGAGUGGAGUAGAGAAUGGCUGUUGAACAUCCUCAAGGCACCUGCAAGGAAUCUGUGAUAUUCAAGGAUGUGUGCGUCAACUUCUCUCUUGAGGAGUGGGAAUGCCUGGACUUGACUCAAAGGAAUUUGUACAGAUGCGUAAUGUUGGAGAAUUACAGCAACCUGGUCUCAGUCGUAGGACUUUCCAUUCCCAAGCCAGACGUGAUCUCUUUAUUGGAGCAAGGCAAGGAGCCUUGGGGUGUUUUUGACAGUGAAAUGACAAGGGGCCUGAACCAAGACUGUGGAUCUAGGUGUGAAACUAAGGAAUUCUCUUCGAAGAAGGACAUUUAUGGAAUAGAAUCAUGUCAGUGGUUUUCAUUGGGACAUCUUACAAAACAUGGACUUGACAGUUCUUAUUAUAGAGAUGAUUGGGAAUGGAAAAGAAAGACUGAGCAAAAACAAAGAUCUCAUGAAAAAAAAUUUAAUCAAGUUAUUUUCAGCAAUGCAAAUGUACACACGUUCAGUCAGCACACAUCUCUUCUUACUCCAUAUAAAAAAACUUAUAUUGAUGAGAAAGCCUGUGAAUACAAGGACAAUGAGAAAUCGUUUGUGCCUGAUUUGCAACUAACUGCACAGCAGAAAAUUGAUACCCGCAAGAAAUUCAGUAAAUCUAAGGAAUAUGGAAAGGCCACUAGUCGAGGUUUAGAACACACUCAGCAUCAGAUCAUGCUUCCUGGUGAAUCCUCUGAACAUAAGGAAUGUGAUAGGGCCUUAGACUGUGUACAAAGUCAGGGCAUUGAUAGUAAGAAGAAAAUAUAUGAGUGUCAAGAAUGUGGAAAAGCCUUUAGUACUAGUUCAAUAUUUAAAUCCCAUCAGAAGAUUCACACAUGUGAGAAGUCCUAUCAAUGCAAGUUAUGCGGAAAAGCCUUUAGUAGUAAGUCAGCCAUUAUUCUGCAUCAGAAAAUUCACACUGGUGAGAAACCAUUUGUGUGUAAGGAAUGUGGAAAGGCGUUUCGUAGCAGUUCCAUACUUACAGAACAUCAGAGGAUUCACACUGGCGAGAAACCUUAUCUAUGUAAAGAGUGUGGCAAAGCUUUUUAUUAUUCCUCUGAUCUUAAAAGACAUCAGAGAAUCCAUACAGGUGAAAAACCCUAUGAAUGUAAGGAAUGUGGCAAGGCUUUUAAGAGUGCAUCAUAUUUUUUUAUACAUCAUAGAAUUCAUACUGGUGAGAAACCCUAUGAAUGUGAAAAAUGUGCUAAGACAUUUAGGAGUAGUUCAGCCCUCAAUCGACAUCAGCGAGUUCAUACUGGUGAAAAACCCUAUGUCUGUAAGGAUUGUGAAAAGGCCUUUUGCAGCAGUUCAAAACUUAUAGAACAUCAGAGAAUUCACACCGGUGAGAAACCAUAUGUGUGUAAAGAAUGCGGAAAGGCUUUUUAUUACUCUUCAGGCCUUAGUCAACAUUGUGGAACUCACAUGGGUGAGAAACCCUAUAAGUGUAAGGAAUGUGGGAAAACUUUUAGUAGUAGCUCAGCCAUUGUCCGACAUAAGAGAAUUCAUACUGGUGAGAAACCCUUUGAAUGUAAGGAAUGUAGAAAGGCCUUUCAUCUUUCUGCAGACCUUUCUCAACAUCAGAGAAUUCAUAAGGGUGAGAAACUCUAUGAAUGCCAUGAAUGCGGGAAGGUUUUUGUACGUAGUUCAAAUCUUAAUCAGCAUCAAAAAGGUCAUGCCAGUAAGAAACUCUGGCAAAGGACUAACACAGCAGGACAGCGCCUCAAGGACUGUGCCCCCCAACUCCCGCUCUCGCCCUGUGCCCAGGGGAUAGUGAGGAGUCAUAGUGUUCAAGGAGCCAGAUGUGAUCAGCUUGUGGACACUUUCCUGUUUCAUUCGUGGCUGUCAGCGCUGUUUUGCUGGAACAAGUUGGGCAGCGCGGCGGCGGAAGGAGCUCAGGUGUCGAACUGUACAGGGACAGGUGGGACCCGGCAGGACACCGGGGAAGGUGAAGAAUUUGCUGUUUUAAGCAUGCCCCAUAGGUUAGUGUUGUUCACGGAUGUGGCCAUAGACUUCUCUCAGGAGGAGUGGGAGUGCCUGGACUUGCAGCAGAAGGAUUUGUACAGAGAUGUGAUGUUGGAGAACUAUAGCAACCUGGUCUCACUGGCAGGAUUUUCCAUUUCUAAACCAGAUGUGCUCUCUUUACUGGAGCAAGGGAAAGAGCCUUGGAAGGUUGUGCAGGAUGUGACGAGCGGUCAGAGCCCAGAGUGGGAAUCCAGGUGUGAAACCAGGAAGCUGUCUUCAAAAGGAGAAAUUUAUGAACUAGAAGCAUCUCAGUGGGAGAUAAUAGAACAACUUACAAGCCAUAAGUACAAGUGCAAAAGUUUUCAAGAUAAUUGGGAAUGCAGAGACCAGUUUGAAAGCCAAUUAGGAAAUAAAGAAGGACUUUUUAGACGACUAGUAAUCUAUGAAGAAAUGCCUGAUUUUAGUCAGACCACAUCCCUGAUGUUACACCAGAGAUUUCAUUCAACUGAGAAAUGUUAUGAAUGUGAAGCAUGCAGAAAAUACUUUAUCCAUGGCUUUCAACAGAGUGACUAUCAGAAAAAUCAUUCUGAUGAAAAAUUCUAUGAAUGUGAAGAAUGUGGAAAGGCCUUUAUACAAGGCACACAACUUACUUACCAUCAGAGGAGUCAUGUUGCUAAGAAACCUUAUGAAUGUAAAGAUUGUGAAAAAGCCUUUAUUUGUGCUUCGCAACUUACUUAUCAUCAAAGAAUUCACACUGGAGAGAAACCUUAUGAAUGUAAAGAAUGUGGGAAGGCCUUUAUUCGUAGUUCUCAUCUUACUCAGCAUCAAAGAAUUCAUACUGGUGAAAGACCCUAUGAAUGUAACGAAUGUGGGAAGGCCUUUUUUCGGGGAUCACAGCUUACUUACCAUCAGAGAGUUCAUACUGCAGAGAAACCCUAUCAAUGUAAGGAAUGUGGAAAGGCCUUUAUUCGUGGCUCUCAACUUACCGAACAUCAGAGAAUUCAUACUGGUGAAAAACCCUAUGAAUGUAAGAAAUGUGGGAAAGCCUUUAGUUAUGGUUCACAGCUUACUCUACAUCAUAGACUUCAUACUGGUGAAAAACCCUAUAAAUGCAAAGAUUGUGAUAUGUCCUUUAUUCGUGGCUCACAACUUACUGAACAUCAGAGAAUCCAUACAGGUAAGAAACCACAUGAAUGUAAGCAAUGUGGAAAGGCCUUUAACUAUGGCUCACAGCUUAUUCGACAUCAGAGGAUUCAUACUGGUGAGAAACCUUAUGAAUGUCAACAAUGUGGGAAAUCAUUUAUUCGUGGCUCACAACUUACUGAACAUCAAAAAAUUCACACGGGUGAAAAACCCUUUGAAUGUAAGGAAUGCGGGAAAGCCUUUAUUCGUGGCUCACAUCUUACCCAGCAUCAGAGGAUUCAUACUGGUGAAAAACCCUAUGAAUGUAAACAAUGUGGGAAGGCCUUUAUUUAUGGCUCACAGCUGUCUCAACAUCAGAGAAUUCAUACAGGUGAGAAUCCCUAUGAAUGUAAGCAAUGUGGGAAGAUCUUUAUUUGUGCCUCACAGCUUAAUCUACAUCAGAUUUUUCAUACUGGUAGAAAACCAUAUGAAUGUAAGGAAUGUGGUAAGACUUUUAUUCGUGGCUCACAACUAACUUACCAUCAAAGAGUUCAUUCUGGUGAGAAGCCAUAUGAAUGUAGUGAAUGUGGGAAGGCCUUUAUUCGUGGUUCACAUCUUACUCAGCAUCAGAGAAUUCAUACUGGUGAAAAACCAUACAAAUGUAAUGAAUGCAGGAAGGCCUUUAAUCGUGGAUCACAACUUACUCAACAUCUGAGAAUUCAUUCUGGUGAGAAGCCGUAUAAAUGUAAUGAAUGUAGUAAGGACUUCAGACGUCAUUCACACCUUACUCAACAUCAAAAACUUCAUGAUGGAGAAAAACUAUAUGAAAAAAAUAAUUUAGUAAAUCAUUUACCUGUUUGUCCAUGACAUUCAGUUUUGGAAUAUCAGAAAGUUCAGAUUAUCAAUGUGGGAAUCCUUUUUCACUUUCACUCAUAAGUAACUCACCUUCAGAGAAUCCACAGUGAAGAAAGGCUAGAUUAACAUAAAUGCAGAAAAAAUAAAUGCAGAAUUACUUUCCCUCAUAUUUUAGUCCUUGUUAUACAUUAAUGAAUUCAUAAGAGAACUCAACCCUCAAAUGUAGGGUUCUCUUCUUCAGCAUCAUUCAGCAUCAUCUGAGUUCCACCAUUUACUAUGUGGGUGUUCCUUUGGAAAAGUUACUCAACCCAUUUGUUUUAGUAUCACCCUUUAUAAAACAUUAAUAUAUAUAUAAAUAUAUAUUUCAUCAUAGUAUCCUGCAGUUUAAAACUUAAGUACACGUAAAGUCUUAAGGAAACAUGUAUUGCAUCGUUAAUGCUUUAAAAUGUUAGCUAUCAUUGUAAAGAUUUUUAUUUAGUGUUUUAAUCAUACUAUUGCAGACUUUACAAAUAUAGUACAUAAGAUAAAUUUUUCAUCACUUUUUUUUUUUUGGUCUUUUUAGGGCCACACCCACGACAUAUGGAGGUUCCCAGGCUAGGGGUCGAAUUCCAGGCCCACAUCACAGCCACACACAAGAUCCGAGCCACGUUUGCAAA